UUACACCGCCGGUAAAGAAUUUCCGUUUCCGGUUCAACAACAACAACAACAAACUUGUGUUUCGUGCAUGAUUUUUUCUUCUAUUUUAACGCAAGAACGUAAAGAAAAACUGUACUCAUAAUGCCAGUCUGGUUCAAUAUCGAUCAUAGAUAUUUUGUUUUCGGCACUUUCGGUGUCACUGCCGGAAUCGCUAUUUAUUCAACUUACAAACUUCGGAGUGAAAGACGAAGGAGAAAGGAGGACAAUGUGUAUGAAUCAGAAAAACUUCUGAAUGAAUACCUGGUUUUUCAUUAUGGAUCACCAUCAGAAAUUCUUAAGGUUCUUCCAAGGUCACUUCCCAAAUUUCAAGAUGGCGGAAAGUACCUUAAGUUAAUUGGGGCUUUCGGGGCCCAAAAGGAUGCUUUAGAUUUCCCAAAAAGGGGGUUUUUGAAAACUGUGCCUAAAAAAUUUUUUAAAGACUCGGAUUCAACCCCACUUCGAGCCUUUGACAUUGGUUGUGCAGUUGGUCGUUCAUCGUUUGAGUUGACUCAGAAGUUUACAGAAGUUAUUGGACUAGAUUAUAGUCAAGCUUUUGUUGAUGCCUGUAACUCAUUGAAGCAGGAUAGAGAGAUGCCGUACUUCAUUCAGGAUGAAGGCGAUCUUGUUACUCAUCUCAAAGCAGUUGUUCCUCAUUCUCUGAGUACUUGGCUUGGGGGCUACAUUGGUGAUAAUGGAAGGCCAGUGUAUGGGUUUGACACAUUGAAGAAAACUCUUGGACCAGACUUUGAUCUCAUUGAGGAUGUGAACAUGCCGUUCUUCAUCAGAGAAACUGCACAUAAAAACCAGUGGUCUGUGGCACAUGCCACAGUCUGGAGAAGAAAGUCAUAAAUUGUGCAAUAUAUUUACUUGCUAUAAUUUGAAAUAUUUACCUUCUUAAACAUGGUCAUGGAUAAUAAUAAAAAAGAAUUGUAUAUAGUAAAACAGACUGCAAAACAAUAUAUUGCUUGUUUUUUGACACAUUCCAAACUAUUUUCUGUAUCCCAUUUUUAGCUCAACUAUUUAAUGCAUCAAAAUCUGUGUUAACUAAGGCUCCCAUGUUACAUUUAAACAAUUUUAUGUCAUGUUUGACUGUGAAAUGUUUAUAAAAUUUCUAUCUAGGUAAACAAAACGGUCACCCUGCCGACCAUGAAAGACUUAUUAUGCUCAUUAAACUGAACAACGCAUUGUUUUCUUCCCUGUUAAUAAUAUUGGAUGUAUUACCACUUUCUGUCAACAGUAAGCGGCCAUUUUUAUGCACUUUUUUGAUAUCAUAAGGCCAGAAUUCCAUUAUUGGAACACUAUACAUUGAAUCAACAUUAUUACUUAAGAACCCUCCUAAACACAACUGUUUCUUGAUGAGUAAAAUGUUCACUGUUGAGAAGAUUACAGUUAACAAAGGUUUAGAGAGGUUAAGGGGGUUUACAGUUUAGAGAAGUUUUGAGAGGUUAUAUUAGAGGGAGUUUUACAAUUUUGAGAGGUUUAUCAUUAAGAUGGGUUUACAAUUAAGAGAAGUUUUGAGAGGUUAUAUUUUAGAGAGGUUUACAAUUUAGAGUGGUUAUUUUUUAGUAGAAGAAACGUGUUCUAGAUCAAGAGGGGUUCAGCUGUACCAUCUCUCUGAUAAUAAAGAAAUAAGGAAGGUGCUUGAAAUGAUUUUACAAAUCACUUAUGUAAUUGUUUCAUUUGUGCAAUAACAUUGUUUACUACAACAUUUAAUAUUCUCUCAUUUUGGAGAAUUGGCAUUUCUUGUUUAUGAUAUACCGGUAGGUAAUUUUUAAAUAAACUAUAGGCACAGUAUAUAUCUGAUAACCUUUCACAAUUAUGCCCCUUUACUUGAAUAACUCUAAAACAAAUCUGCGUAAGAAGUGUUGAUUACUAAAAAAUAUAUGUAGAGAAUCUGAUGUCAGAUCUUUAUUUAUACCUCUGAUUUAGUGCAGAUUUGUGUUAUAAAUUUUACAGCUGUGAUACAAAUAAUCUAAAUGUUGGCCAUUGUACAGUAGGCAGGGUGCAAGACAACCAGAAAGUCAACGCAGGACUGCUACUAGUCAAUAGGUUUUCAGUGCAAUCCUCUGCUGAGGUGACGCAUGAUAAUUUGACAAGAUUUAGCAUCUCCUCCACCCUAUGUGGAGAAGUUAUUGGUUACUUUCAAUGGACAUGAGAGCACUGGUUAACAGAAUCUGUGAAAACUGAUUGUAGUCACAUAUCUGUAUUAGAUGUCUACCAUGGUUUUCUGGUCUGUCUCUAGACUAUUUCAAAUCUAUGAUGUACGAGAAUGCAUAACUGAUAUACUUUUAGAAAUAUAAAUAAUGAUGAAUCCAAAAAACAAGAUAACUGUGAUAAUGAAUAUGUUUAUAACCUUGUUGCUAAUUAACCCGUACCCUGCUAAAUUUCUAAAAUGGACUGGUCCAUCAUUCAAUUUAGGCAAUACCAUUUAAUUUUCGAAGGGGUGUUCACUGAAAAUUAUUGACUGAAUGGCGAACAGUGCAGACCAUGAUCAGACUGCACGGAUGUGCAGGCUGAUCUUGGUCUGCACUGGUCGCAUAGGCAGAAUCACUUGCCGCCAGCAGGCUAAGGGUUAAUUCUUGUUAAGAAAACAUGAUAAUGGUUUUGAGAUGUAUUAUAUUAGUAAAAAGUUGUUAUAAUUAUUAUUGUGAUCUUUUUUACUUCUGUCUAUUCUUGUGUUAAUGUUUAAAUAGUAACAAAAUUUAUGAUAUAACAGCCUGCCAACAGAUUUUAGUUUAAUUUAUGUAGUCAAGAGUUUCUUUUUCUAUGAACUAUUAGAGAUUUACAGUGUAAAAUCCAUCUGUCUUUUGACAAAAAUAUUUUAACUGCACCAUGAGAAAUCCAACAUAGUGCAUUUGUAACCAGAUGGAUAAACAUAGUGCAUUUGCAACCAGAGUGAUCCAGACUAACCUGCGCAUCUGCGCAGUCUGGUCAGGAUCCAUGCUGUUCGCUAAUGGUUUCUCUAAUUGCAAUAGGCUUUGAAAGCAAACAGCAUGGAUCCUGGCCAGACUGUACGGAUGAGCAGGCUGGUCUGGAUCCAUGCUGGUCGCAAAUGCACUAUGUUGGUUUUCUCAUGGUGCGGCUCAUUUAUUAAUUGAAUAAUGUUGCUCAAACCUAGCUGUUACAGUUGUUUCUGUUAAAGUGUUCUUUGAUAGAGAUACUGUCACAAACCUUAUAUUAUUUUGUUAAGGGCAUAAUUAUAUUUGCUUUCUCUACUUCAAUUUUCAUAAACUGUACACACAAAUA